GGAGCACCGCCCGCCGCCCACAUCCCCGCCGCCGCCGCUGCCGCUAACUUUGCUUCUCCGCAAAGAGCCGCCCUCCGGCAAACAGAGGGUCGGCGGAGCCGGGGUCCGAGCCGGCCCCAGCGAUGAAGGGCCGGCGACGGUGGCGAGGCGAACAUCGCCGCUUCGCCGCGGUGCUGGUGCUGUACACGCUGCUGCUGCUCCUGUUGGUGCCCUACGCGCUGGACUACGGGGCCAGGCGCGGGCGAACGGACGAGGAGCCGCUGCUGCGGCGCUGCCCAAGCCUGGAGGAGGCGCUGAGUGAGUGGGGCUGGGAGCAGCGGCCGCCGCUGGACGAGGAAGAGGAGGAGGAUGAGGCGGGCACGGCCGGGGCGGCGGGUAACGGCAGCGCGGGGACGGCGGGGAAGCGGCACAUCUACCUGCACGCUACCUGGCGAACGGGCUCCUCUUUCCUCGGGGAGCUCUUCAACCAGCACCCCGACGUCUUCUACCUGUACGAGCCCAUGUGGCACCUUUGGCAGGCGCUCUACCCGGGGGACGCGCUCAGCCUGCAGGGAGCCCUCCGCGACAUGCUGCGCGCCCUCUUCCGAUGCGACUUCUCCGUCCUGCGCCUCUACACCGCCCCGUCCGGCCCCCGCGACCCGCUGGCCCCCGCCCCGCCGGCCGCCGACAACCUCACUACGGCCAGCAUCUUCGGCUGGCGGACCAACAAGGUGAUCUGCUCGCCGCCGCUCUGCCCCGCCGCCCCGCGGCCCCGCGGCGAGAUCGGCCUCGUCGACGGCGCCACCUGCGAGGAGACGUGUCCGCCGCGGGCGCUGCGGGAGCUGGAGGCCGAGUGCCGCAAGUACCCGGUGGUGGUCAUCAAGGACGUGCGGCUGCUGGAGCUGGGCGCGCUGCUGCCGCUGCUGCGGGAGCCCGGCCUCAACCUGCGGGUGGUGCAGCUCUUCCGCGACCCCCGCGCCGUCCACAACUCCCGCCUGAAGGCGCGGCAGGCGCUGCUGCGGGAGAGCGUCCAGGUGCUGCGCAGCCGCCACCGCGCCGAGCCGCGGGGCCCGGCCCGCCACCAGCAGCAGCAUCUCCUGCUGCCGCCCGGGCUGCUGGGCGGAGGGCGGCCGCCGCAGCCGCAGCACCGCGCCGAGUUCUUCCUCGGCGGCGCGCUGGAGGUGAUCUGCCAGUCUUGGCUCCGCGAUCUCCUCCUGGCCCGGCGCGCCCCGGACUGGCUCCGCCGCCGCUACACGCAGCUCCGCUACGAGGACCUGGUACGGGAGCCCCGCGCCGAGCUGCGCCGCCUGCUGCGCUUCGCCGGGCUGACGGUGCCGCCGGCCCUGGAGGACUUCGUGGUCAACAUGACCCGCGGCGCCGCCUACUCUUCCGACCGGCCCUUCCUCAUCUCCGCCCGCGACGCGCGGGAGGCCGUGCACGCCUGGCGGGAGCGCCUCAGCCGCCAGCAGGUGCGGCAGGUGGAGGCGGCGUGCGGAGAGGCCAUGAGCAUCCUCGCCUACCCCCUCAGCGCCGGCGACGCCCGGUAGCGCCCGAGCCGCACGUCCCGGACGGGCCCGAGGGCGGACGGACGGGCGCCGUCGGGCAGAGCCGAGCGCGGGGGUCACCGCUGGCAUGGUAGGCGCCCACUUGGCGGGCGGGGAGCUCCCUUGAGGGCAGCUCCGGGUGAGGGACACCUGCCUCGCCUCUGGUACAGGCAGCGCUGCAGGGUGCAGGCCCCCCGUGCCGCUGUGGCUUCAUUGUGGCUGUUUUCCUUCUGGGCUGCGUGGAGAGGGCGGGGGGAUGUUACAUUUACGAGAAGGGUUUGGUAAGGGGUGUCCUCUGAGUACGGCAUCACUCUUGGAGCCUUUUAGCUUGAAAUUGUGAUCGUGUACAAAGAACAGGUAUGCUACAAACAAACUGCAUGAAAAUUCAAAAAAACCCCCAGGCGAAGACUCUCAGCAAGAAACUAGAGGGCCUGGAAGGUGCUCCUGUGGGAGCAUUGCCCUUCUGGAGCUCUGAAUCACACUGACCUCUGUCCUACUGCUACUGAAACACAAGAGGCUUCUGUGAAGUCGCUGCAGGGGUCGGCAGGGGCCUGGACAGCCAGGUGGAAGGUGCCUGCUGCAGGGUAGGACUCAGCUCUCCUCCAAACCUGCUCUGCAGGGAUGGUCUCUGUCCCUGUUCAUUGCUGGUUCUGUAGGGAGGGGGCUGAAGGAAGGGGGACCGUGUCCAGCUCUGUCCCUUGUUCUGAGCAGCAGGGUAAGCAGUGCAGGGAGGGUAAGCAUUUGCCUGCUUAUGUGUUUUGAAGAUAUUUGUGGCAGGAAUUUUUGCUUUUCUAAAGAAAACUGUAAUUGUUUUGAAAAUAGGAUUUUUUAAAGUAUACAUACAUUAAUAUAGUUUGGUCAUACCCAUGUGAGAUACAGGUGACUAACAUGUUUCUUUGGAACACGUGUAGGGGUGAAUGAAACUGGAAGGCAACUGCUUGACAUAUCCGUUUUGUUUUCUCUCUCAGAUGAGAGAAUCACUUUUCUUCCCUUGCUUCCGGGCUGACACAUUGUGCCAUGCACAGGGUCCUCCUGAUCACAUCCCUUCCAAACAAUAACAUCCUCUCAGCUGGCAACUCCUGGACAACAGCACAUGUUUCCUAAGAGGCUAAGACAAAUUAAUCAUGAAGUUCCCAAAUAAAAUCUUACAUUAAAAAAGCAAACAAACAAACAAACCCUGAAGUUUUAUUUUAGAUUUUAAAAUGACAUGUUCCUGUAGAUAUCCUGCAACUUGUGUGAGAAGAGGGUGUGUAUCUGCAAGUACCUUUGUUUAUUAAUUUCUUGAUGUGGGGAUAGAAGGUUCAGUUGUAAUUUAGGGAUGCAGUUUCAUAACUUCAUAGAGACUGCUUUUGAAUCUGUUACUGUCUGGUAGUCUUUAAAUGGCUCCAUGAGAGUGUACAGGAUUAUAGGGAUGUUUGCAUGCAGUCCUCAACUACAAACCCAGAAUAUGAGUUUCAAAUUGGGGAUAAUCCAGGAUCAGGAAGAAAGUGCUUUUUAGAUAAAGUGCUGAAAAUAAAGGCAAUUCAAAGAUGUUAUGUUAUCGUGGAAGAAGUGUUUGAAUUGCACUGUACAUUUUUGUGCUCUGAGUGUUAUGCUGUACAGCAUGUCACUAAGUUAGGAUUUUCAUUUUUUUCCCCCUUGAUCUUCCCAUCUGAGAGUAUGUUGGCAUAAGAAGCAGGUUUCUUUCAUUAUCUGACAGAAAAACGUAGUCAUAACAAUAUUUAUGAAUAAAUUUAUCCAUUUCCCUGUAGCAUACUUCAUUCAGUUUUGCAACCUUGGGCUUCUGCUUGAAGUAAGAAUUACAGGGUCUCGUUUUGUGCUGGAAAAACUUGUGUAUUAUCUAGGGGAUGUUUCUGCAUUCUCUCGCUGUGCCUGUGACACCAAAAUUUGUCUCUGGGUAUUCCAGUGGCAUUUAAUAAUGAUAUUUGUGUAGCAGGUACCUGUACAAUGCCUUGAUAUCCUGUGUCAGGUAACCUAUUUUGGGAGGCUUUUCUGGGACUAUACCCAGCCUGGCUUGUACUGACAGGUUUGGAAAGAAAUUAAGAUUUUUGUGCACACCAAAAGAUGAUAUGGUACUUUUUUUCCUUAAUUGGAUGGGAGAUUAAAAUCCAGUAUAUCCUGUUGAUUUGUUCUUAGCAAGUUGCAGUCACAGAAUUGUGUGAUGCAAUAGUUAAGCAUUCUCCUCACCUUGACAGAGAAUCUCAUCAUGCUCUUUCAGGUGGUAGAUAUCUUUCAUAAGUCUUUCAAAAUUCACACUUAAUUUCACUUAAAAUGGUUCAUCAUGAUGAGCAAAGAAGUGUUACCAUCUAGCUUGACUUGAUUCUUGUAGCUGGGAGGAAAUUAUUUGGUAUUUUCUGAAACUGUUUCUCUGUUUGAGCUGCAGAGGUGGUGAAUGGCCUUGAGGGGAAGCCAUGUGAGGAGCAUGUGAGGUCACUUGGUCUGUUCAGCCUGGAGGAGACUGAGAGGAGACCUCAUUGCAGUCCACAGCUUCCUCAUGAUGGGGAGUGGAGGGGCAGGCACUGAUUUCUUCUCUCUGGUGACCAGUGACAGGACCCAGGGAAUGGCCUGAAGCUGUGUCAGGGGUGGUUUAGGUUGGGUAUUAGGAAAAUAUUCUUCAUCCAGAGGGUGUUUGGGCACUGGAACAGCUCCUCAGGGACGUGGUUACAGCAGCAAGCCUGACAGAGCUCAGUAAAUUUUUGGAUAAUGCUCCAGGCACAUUAUGUGACUGUUGGGGCUUUCCUUCACAGAGCCUGGAAUGGGACUUAGCUGAUCCUUGUGGGUCUCUUCCAACUCAGGAUAUUCUAUUAGAGAUGCAUUUUCUGUACCAAUAAUUAUUUCUGUCAGCACAAGUUGUUCACUAGCCUGAUUGCUCUCCAUGAGUGAUUAUUUUAAUUUUUAAAUUUUUGUAUAAUGUGAAAAAGGCUCCAUUGGGGAAAGUGUACAAAAUAAAGCAAGUGCAAUUUUUGGUUUGUAUUCAGUGGACCUGAAUUCAUCAGAAUACUCAUCUAAAAAAUCCAUGGGGGAUAUCCAAACCUGAGAAAGGAGCAAGUAGGCCAGAGAGACAUCUUAGAACAGGAUGUGGAUGACAGUUGUUUAGUGACUGGUGGUGUGACAUGUGCGCUUUAGUCACUAGCAGGUUUUCUAAAAUUCUUCUACCCAAGGAGGACAACUAAUGCUCACCAACAAAUGCAUCCCAUUUUUCUCUUCAUGGUGUUUUGAUGGCAUUGGACAGCAUCAUUCAGGGUGCUUACAGCAUGUACUGUAAUGCUUACAGCAUUACAGCAAUGCUUACAGCAUUGGACAGCAUCAUUCAGGUGCUUACAGUAUGUACUUCGUCUUGAAAGAAAAAGCAAAUGUACUGUCAAAUGUCAGUGUUGUUAUUUAUCUGAAAAGGCAGAAACAGGCCUGAUUAGGACAACCAGCAUGGAGUUUCAGUGGCAGAGAUCUUUGGAAUCAACCAGAACCUGCUGAAAGCAGGACACCCAUAGUUAGACUGCAUUGUGAGAGCAGUUGGACAUUUAUGGCUUGGGCAGUUUGAGGUGAAGUCACGGUUCUACUGGAUGAUGUAGAAAACUGAACUGCUCAUUUAGAGCAGAGUAUGGCAUGACGAGCAAGAGAACAGUAAACACUUUUUAAUAUCCUACCUGAACUUGGAAGGCUUAGAAUUACAGUGCAGGACUCAGCCAUAAAGUUUUAGUAUUUCAGACUGAGAUUGGUGAAAAUUAUCUACUUGUGCUACAUUACAUACAAUGAAUUAGCAACUAAUUUAUUAAAAAGUCAUAGUGGGAAAUGGGUACAGAAAUGACAAAUGCUCACAAGACAACUCUGUUGUGUGUUUUUACUUAACUUCUGGUUGUCACACGUCCAAGUUAAGGGAGGUAGAAACUUGAGUACUGUAAUUAUUCAUGAAAGGCUGGGAUACUUCCAUGCCAUAAUUGCUUGUGGGAAAUUAUGAAAGUCCAGGGCCAAGAAAUACUUGGGCCCUGCCUUAUUUCUACUCCUUAGGAUAUGGAGUCCUUGUAGAUAGCCACAGUAUGUACUUGCAUACUGCAGGUACAAUAGAAAUAGUUUGGUAUCAGUUGCAGUAUCUAACAAAAGUGUUAGAAUGGUUGUGGAGUUACUUAUUUAACAACUUCAGUAUUGCAUGAGUCAUUUUAGCCCCCUCCUCCCCCAUCAGUCUGAGCAUUAAGAAGAGUCCUGAGUUUCUGCAUUAAGUUCUCAGUAUCCCCACUUUCAGUAAAGCUCAACGAUAAAAAUGCUGCAGAAUUUUGGGUUUGUUAUGGUAACGCAAUUAAACCACUGAAACCCCGAGAGCCAGCAAGCCCAACAGCAUGUUCUGUUCCUUUCUUCAGCACAGAGAGCUGUCACUGAGACUCCCUGAUGGUGCCUGUCAUUUUUCAGAGUCACCAAGCAAUCCGUACAGCACUGGGACUACCUGAGAGGUUUUAUCUUUCCUAUUUAACUUAACAUGACUCCUACCACCACGGAGGAUGACCUGGGGGAAAAAGGAUUUGUCAAGCCUUGCACUAGCAGUUUUCAACACCCCUCUGGCAGUGUGUGUGUGUGUGUGUGUGUGAAUGAGGGGCCAGGUUCAAACUGUCCUCAUGGCUGUGUUUCAAAGAGGUGAAAGCUGGAUGGAAGUACAUUGAGGCGGUGGGUUUCAGUGAUUGAGGGGCCUCUUGGUUGUUGGUGAGACAUAUAUCUGGCAGUCUCAGCUCUGAACCACAGGCUGCAAGCUGAUGAACAUUGUUUUAGCACUUGCAGUCUGGAUAUUGAGUACUGUGAAAUUCUUGCUUCCAGCACUGAGAUGUUCAGCUCUGCUGCUAACCUGGGGCACCUGCAGUGCCAUUUCUUGUUGCUGUUAAGUGGGAAUCGAGCUCCUUCCCUGGAGCUUCCAAACUUGUUGCCCAUUUCUGAAGGUCCGACUUUGCCAAAUUUCAACUGUAUAUAGACUGAAGCUUUUUGUCAUGGGCAUAAGGUUUAAGUCUUUUGGAAUUUCAGUCAAAGCAGUUGCAUAUUCUUUUUAACUUAGAAUGUGAUGGUCUUUUGCCUGUGUUUAAAUAUCCUCAAAGAUAUUUCUUUGAAAUCAUUUGUCACUUCAGUGUUUUGGGACAGAAACUCCAGUUUGGGUAGGGGAAAUGACCUCUUCGUAGAGGAUGUCCCCUGUUUUCUAUUCUGCUUUCUAUUCUGAUUUGGCCAAAUAUAUUAAUGUUUGUAUAAAAUGGAUAGCACGUGCUCAGUAAAAAUGGUUUUGGUAUGUGUGUGUAUCUUUAUUUUAUACCAAAUAAAAUCUGCAUUGGUCUUAUCUCCA